GACCAGCUGCCACCAACUGCACUGCACUUUCUGCACCACUGUCCUCUGGAUCUCGGAGCCGCUCAGACUCCCUUUCUCUCUCAAACACUCACACACUAUCUCUGUGAGCCUCCUGCUCCUGUGACUGUCGCUCUGGUCCGUCACCUGCACUUCUGUCACAGCAUGCAGCUCUUGGUGGUGUUAGCAGCUCUCAUGGGGGUCCUGUUCAGCGUUAGAGCAGCCGCCGUGCUUCCUGUGGAGGAUAGGAGCUCCAUCCAUGUGAACAGGGAGCUGAGUAAAGAGCGCAAGGAGCUGAUCCUGAAGCUGGUGUCUGGCUUGUUGGAUGGAGCUCUGGACACCAACAUGCUGCCGGGAGAAGCGGCACCUGUGGACCUCGAGGAGCCGCUUGAGUCUCGUCUGGAGGAGAGGGCUGUCUACAACAGGCUAUCACUGCCUCAGCGUGAUCGUAAAGCCCCCUGUAAAAACUUCUUCUGGAAAACUUUCACCUCGUGCUAACAGUGCCCCAAAAAAAAAAAGCCCGGCUCUGCCUGCCUACUAUACUCCUUCCCUGCCAGCUCCACAUGAACUGUAGUAGAUCUGAGCUGUACAUAAAAUCAUCUACACCUGUCAGACAUGCAGCAUCUAUGGACUU